UUUACUAGUAUGAGACAUAGAUGGCACGAGAAAACAGCAUCACGAAGGGGGAGAGAUUUACAGAUCUCUCAUCAAGUUUCAUAAUUUGAUAUUCUAAUUUAAUUUUUCUUCCUAUUAAUAGGAAAAAGAGGAUUUGGUGAUUGCGAAUUGAUCUGCGUUUGUGGAGAAGAUUUGAGAGAAGAUCCUGUCUCCUAGAAUUGCUCCUAUCCAACAGAGGAAGACUGGUUUCUCCUACACCGACCAUGUAAUAACACGAUUAUUCCAUUCGGAGAUGUCUGCAUUCAUUAUUUCAUGUUAAAAAGCCAUUCUCUGCAUCUCCUUAGUAAAUAAAUUUCAGUUUUCAACAAUUUUUCGUCGGGAAGACAACAAUGUUGGCUGUAUUUAAGAGCGACGUUCUGCAAGCGCCGAAAGAGUUGCAUAGUCCAGCCUCAUUACAUCCCUUCGGUAGGGUUAAGACACCAAAGGAGGCAUUGAAGGAUUUGUUGGCUUCGAAUCCGAGCAAUGGCUGCUCUGUUUCGUUUUCAGACAAGGUUAUGUUGGGCUAUGUUCCGUCCGAAGCUUCUGCCGCCGCAGCGCAACAGAGAAUCUUCUGUGGUAUGGAUGAGGUUUACUGCAUGUUCUUGGGGAGCUUGACAAAUUUGUGCUCACUCAACAAGCAGUACGGGCUGACGAAGGGCGGUAACGACGCAACGUUCGUGAUGGAAGCCUACCGUACGCUGCGGGACAGAAACCCAAUCCCGGCGCACCAAGUUCUAAGAGAGCUCGAAGGAAGUUUCGGGUUUGUGAUCUUCGAUCACAAGUCGAAAAACGUGUUCGUCGCCCUCGUAAGCACGGUCUACCCUAUCGACAUUUCUAGCUCUUCGUUUCAAAUGGGUAAUUCGAAACCUAUUUUAUUUUGGCAGGGUGCCGAUAAUGAGGUGAGCCUCUACUGGGGAAUAGCAGCCGAUGGCUCGGUUAUGAUUUCCGACAACAGCAGUCUUAUAAAAGCAAGCUGUAGGAAAUCAUUUGCCCCAUUCCCACCUGGGUGUAUGUAUCACAGUGAAAGGGGACUAAUAAGCUUUGAGCAUCCAACUUACAAGAUGAAAGCCAUGCCUAGAAUCGACAGCGAGGGGGCAAUGUGCGGAUCCUAUUUCGCACUCGACGUCUACUCUAAAGUUAACAGCAUGCCCAGAGUUGGGAGCCAAGCUAACUGGGCAACCUGGGAAUGA